AUGAGCUCGCUCCGUUUCGCUCGCUCUGCCCUGAGGGCCCGUCCCUCCCUCUUCAGCGCUCCCAUCCAGCGCCGAGGCUACGCGGAGGCUGUCGCCGACAAGAUCAAGCUGUCCCUGACCCUGCCUCACCAGACCAUCUACCGCUCGACCGGCGUUACCCAGGUCAACAUCCCCGCCGCCUCCGGUGAGAUGGGUGUUCUCGCCAACCACGUCCCCUCCAUCGAGCAGCUCAAGCCCGGUCUCGUUGAGAUUGUUGAGGAGGGCGGCUCUACCAAGCAGUACUUCCUCUCCGGUGGUUUCGCUGUCGUCCAGCCUGACUCUCAGCUGAGCAUUAACGCUGUCGAGGGUUUCCCCCUGGAGGAGUUCAGCGCCGACGCUAUCCGCAACCAGGUCACUGAGGCCCAGAAGAUCGCCAGCGGCAGCGGCAGCGAGCAGGACAUCGCCGAGGCCAAGAUCGAGCUGGAGGUGCUGGAGACCCUGCAGGCUCACGUCAAAUAG